UAAGCGCGUGAGAAACCAACUGAUAGUGAAUUAACAAAAAUUUUAUUCAGUUCACGAGAUGCAGUAAUGUAACGAGAAAAAUAAUGAUGAACAUUUGUUUAAUGUGAUAUCGAUGUCGUACUCUUAGUAGAAACGAGAUGAUUGUGAGAUUCAAUUUGUUAUUUUUAGUACUUGUUCCGUUGGCAGUUAGUGCACGAAAAAAAAUAACGAUCGGCGGACUCUUCCACGAUGACGAUCUUUGCAGAAAAGCAUUCACUGCUUCUAUAGAAAAUGUUAACGUGAUGAGACGUACCUUAACGGACGAAUUACCCAAUGUAUUUUUCCUGGCAGACACACCGUCAUUCAGUGACGAUACCUUCGAAGUUUCCCAAACAGUUUGCACUUUGGUCAGCGAUGGUAUUGCGACUAUCAUUGGUCCAGAUGACAAGUCGUCAUCAACUCAUGUUCAAAAUAUGUGUGACACAAUGGACAUGCCAAACAUAUUGACUCGGUGGGACUCUGAUGGAACCAGAUUGAAUGCAGUUAAUUUAUAUCCACAUGCAAGCACUCUUUCACAGAUAUUUCCUGAUCUAGUCAUGGAAUUCAAGUGGAAGUCCUUCACUAUCAUUUACGACAACACCGAUGGAUUAAUCCGUAUGAAUAAACUGUUAGAACGAUGGGAUCCAAAAGGUUACCCCGUAACCCUGCGUCACUUGGGCGAGGGCCCCAACUACCGGCCCAUUCUCAAGAGAGUCAAGAAUUCAGGAGAAAAGAAUAUUGUCAUCGACUGUGCAUUCGAUAUUUUGGAACAAGUUCUUCUCCAGUCGCAACAAGUCGGUUUGUUGUCAGAACGGCACAAAAUACUCAUCAGUUCAUUGGAUCUGCAAAUUUUAGAUCUCGAGCCAUUCCAAUAUUCCGGUGCGAAUAUCACCGGCAUUCGCCUGGUAGAUCCAGACGAUGAAGACUACCAGGAGCGCUUCAACGAAGUCUCAUUUAAAAUGGGCAUUGACGAUCUUUCCAAAAUGCCCCUGCAUUCUGCCCUAGUGUACGAUGCAGUACAAGUAUUUGCCAGAGCAUUCAAGCUCUUCGUAGAUGCUGGCGAGGGACACGUUAGAAAGUUGAAUUGCGAUGGUGAUGACAGCUGGGAGUAUGGUAGUAGCUUGAGUAAUUUCAUGCGUUCUAUUGAAUUGAAGGGACUGACAGGUGCCGUUAAAUUCCACACCAACGGAUUCCGCACUGAUUUUUCCAUUGAUAUUGUUAAAUUGAGCGAAAUAGGCUUGAAUUCCAUUGGCUCAUGGAAUAGUACAACUGGUAUUGAAUGGAAAAUGGAAACACAGGAUAAAGUUGUUGGAGCUGAUGAGGAUUUGGCAAACAAAACUUUCACGAUUCUAAUUGCCCUGCUGGAUCCUUACAACAUGCUGAAGGAAUCGGCAAUAAUGAGAACCGGAAAUGAUCGUUACGAGGGAUUCGCCAUUGAUAUCAUUCAAGAACUGAGUAAAUUACUCCAUUUCAAUUACACACUCGUCGAACAAGUUGAUAAGGACUAUGGGAGUCCAGAUGCUAAUGGAAGAUGGAGUGGAAUGUUGGGAAAGAUCAUGAGGGAGGAAGCAGACUUGGCAAUCACUGAUCUUACUAUUACAGCUGAGCGUGAAAAAGCUGUUGACUUCACGAUGCCGUUCUUGAACCUCGGUAUCAGUAUACUCUUCAGAAAACCGACCAAGGCGGCACCGAGUCUAUUCUCAUUCCUGUCACCAUUUGCAGCCGAUGUGUGGUUGAAUCUGAUAGGGGCAUACAUAUUCUCAUCCUCACUUCUCUUUCUACUCGGUAGAAUGUGUCCUGCAGAAUGGAACAACCCAUACCCCUGCAUUGAAGAACCGACUGAACUGGAGAAUCAAUUUACCUUGAAAAAUUCUUUUUGGUUCACAAUUGGGAGUAUUAUGCAGCAAGGAUCUGAAAUCGCGCCAAUUGGUACAUCGACGAGAAUGCUGGCAAUCGCCUGGUGGUUUUUCUCCCUAAUUAUUGCUAAUUCCUACACUGCCAAUCUCGCGGCUUUUCUCGUGGUGGAGACGAACGUCAGGCCCAUAAAAUCUGCAGAGGAUCUUGCAAAUCUCAAUGGCUAUAUAAAAUAUGGUGCAAAGAGAAACGGUGCCACGUAUAAUUUUUUCAAGGGCUCCAAUCAUUCAACUUACGUGAAGAUGUUCAAUUACAUGAAGGAAAAUGAUGAUGAUGUUAUGAUGACCGAUAAUGACUUGGGCACUACACGUGUGGAAGAGGAGGAUGGUAAAUACGCUUUCCUCAUGGAGUCUAGUUCCAUUGCGUACAUAUCCCAGAGACAUUGCAAUCUCACACAGAUUGGAGAUCCGUUGGAUAGCAAGGGAUAUGGUAUAGCAAUGCGCAAAGGAUUCAUUUAUCGGGAUAAGUUGAAUACAGCAGUACUGCAAAUGCAGGAAAGUGGACUGUUAGCACAAUUAAAGGACAAGUGGUGGAAAGAAAAGCGAGGUGGAGGGAAAUGUACGGAUGUGUCCACCUCCGGUACACCAGCAGAAUUGACAUUAGACAAUGUCGGUGGUGUGUUUUUGGUUUUGGUAGUCGGAAUCGCAGUAUCAUUCGUUCUUUCCAUUCUGGAGAUGCUGUACGACGUCAUAUGCACAUCGUUCCGCGAGAAAGUUUCAUUCAAACAGGAGAUUAUAGAAGAACUAAAAUUCAUUCUGAAAUUCAAGGGAAAUGUUAAGCCAGUGCGAUGUAGAAAGGGGUCAUCGCACUCUACAAGACAGACAAGUACACGAGGAAGUACUCCUCCAUACAAUAUGAUGCCAUCCGUCAUUAUGACAACGCAUGAUGAAAAUGACACUUAGCUGUUGCAUUUAGAUGAUGACGAUUCAUUCACCUGUAAUUUGUGGUUUAUGUGUCGACGAAUGAUAAAUUUAUAAAUAAAUAAUUGAGGAUCA